AUGAUUUUUAGAGUCACGGCAAUUUUAAUUGGUACAUUAGCAGCUAGAUAUCUCGGAUCUUUUGUGUUUGCUGUGGUAUGUAACGUUAGAUACACAACGAAUGCAUCCAUGCUUGCUCAAGAACUAGCCUAUUUUGGAUAUCUCUUAUACGUGUUUAUUUUCUCACUUCAAUUUGUGUUCAUAUCUUAUUUACUGCGUGAACGGUUUAGGAUAUUGAAAGACUUAUUAUGAAUUCCAGUCGUAGCUUUACUUGGGUUUGUAUAUGAUGUAUUUACAGUCGAAACUAUGAUUUCUGAAAUUUUGUACAGCAUCCACUUAUCCUAUGAGUGUUUGUUCUGCUUACAAUUCUUCGUGUUUGCUUACAUUUUACGUGAAAGAUUCAGAAUGUUCAACAACUUCAUAAGAUCCAAAAACUUCAUUGAGAAAAUUUUCGACGUAAAGCUGUUCACAGAGCUAUUCCAUAACCUGUGUGAUGCAGUGGAUAUAAUUAAUUCUCUAUUUACACUACACCUUAUUCCAACCAUCCUAACAAUCUUGUUAAUCGAUACAUUUGGACUUUAUGGAUUUGCACAUCUUUCGUUGACCACAACAAACUACUUGAAUGGAUUCAUGGCUUUGUUUUACAUUAUCAUACAUUUUGUGUAUAAAACAAUGGUCUCAUAUAUCGGUCAUUCAACGACACAUGAAGCUGAGAGCAUUAAAAUUUCCAUCACAAAAGCUAUAAGUUCAAUAUCUGAUACUUUGCCGGUUAAUGCAUCUCUUUUUGAUGUGCUGAAGCUUGUGGAAGUUCGAAAUGUAAAGCUGCAAACUAUUUUCUUUGACGUUAAUUGGAAAAUAGUGUUCGGAGUAAGUUGCGUUGAUUUUUAA